UCAUUUCACAUAUCACAUUCGCUGGUACUCGCGGCUCCACGCGCAACAAAAAGUACUUUGUAUACAAACUUCCUAUCUGAAACUAAAAUGCCCUAUAUUUGACCUCUUCUUUUUAGAUAUAAUAUGUACCAAAUUUCAUCAAAAUGUAACUUAUGUCGGGGCGGAGAUAGUUGGAUAGCUGGAAGCUCUCCAACACGAUAUCUCAACACUACAAAUGAUAUCAAUCCAAUGUUCCGUUUUGACAUGAAAGAUAAACGAACACAAUUUCACGUUCAUAAUAUUAGUAUAGACUAGUACGAAGAUGACUCGAUAAUAGAGCAUUACGUGAAGCUGUUAGCGAGGUCCGAGGAAGCUGAAAGUUUAAUAUCGUGUAAGCGCUUAUAUUGCUUCGUUAUCAUAUAACGGCUGUAAUGUGUCCAGUUGCAGGCCUGUUGGAACUGACGGCUCAGAUCCCGCCACAGAACGUCAAACACGUUAGAUGUGGCUGUAUCUUAAUCUUGAUAUAAUUUCAGAAGUAUCGUCAAGAAACAUUUUGCCCGCGAUUCCGCUUAUGAGAAAUUUCAAGAAGGUAGGUUGUGUAGGUAAAUCGUGAACAGGUAACAUAAAACUUUCGUAUUUAUAAUAUUAAAGGAAGAUAAAUACCAAGAUGAGACCUUUUUUUAUUGUCGAAAAAAAAUCUUGUGUUGUACAGAAAUUGUAAGCAACGGCCGCUCUAGCGCCUCGCGUGGGCUGUGGUUACUGCCGUUUCUGUCGAAGUUAGUGGGCGAAAUGUUAUUGUCACGAAGGUAAAUUGAAUGUCCAAAUACAACUUUGCCAUUAAAACUUUUAUCUGUAUGUCUAAACGUCUAUUCUGGAAGUAGCACCACUCGCGUCGUCUCUCUUAUUUCUUUUAACGUAAUUUGAUACGUGUAAAAGUUUGUUCGUUUUAUUUGUUUUUCCUUCCUUUAGGAUAUAACACAGGGAUACUAUGAGUAAUGGAUUAUCAGUACUCUUUUUAUAAAUGAUAUAAUAUAUCAAAUCUCGAAUGUGCCCUAAUGGGUAGGUAGCCGGUGUUGUGGCCGGAGAUCACAGGGCUCUUGAAACCUAUUUAAUUAGAGUCUGUACAGUUUGUACUAAGGUUUGUACAGUCGAUUGCAUGUUACGUUAUACUGCACGAAACAAAAGGCAGCGUUGUUGGCAUUGAAUUUGGAAUGUAACUGUGUAGUGUCGACACAGUUAUAUUCCAAAUAGUAUAUUAAUUUAAUUUGCAAUGAAAAUUAUACAUAGUAUUCACUGGACUCGUUCCAGAACACUAUACGAGCGCACGAACGACUUUGUACUAGCCUUAAAAUUCCACAACCGAAUUUUGGGAGUAUACACAGACAUUAAUGUUUAUUUCAUUUAGUGGAAGUAAGUAUAUCAUCAAUACAUUAUAUAUAUUUACCGCGUCGUUGGCUAUGUAGUGGACGUCAUAAAAAUAUAAGCCUUGCCAUAUGAUUAUUUACCUCAUUUGGGUAGGGUCUCCUCGCGCACCCGGGCCUGAGAACUCUGCUCCGAGUUGUCAUGGUAAGUAGAGAGUAAGUAAUUAGAGAACUUAGUUGGGUACUCAGCCAUUUAAUCUCGACAAAAAAUGGUCUCGGCUAGCCAAUAUAAUAUAGGUAUGCUGCAUCACGUUCUCCGAAACUGUUCUUUAACCUAUCCUAACCUAUGGCAUAUCUCAACGUACUCUAAUUAAAAAAAUAAAUGUCAAAAUUUAGAAAAGUCAAAAUAAAAUAUCGACCCAGAAAAAUGUCAAACCCGGGAAAAUUUAAGCAACUUAUACAUUUUGUAAAGAUUUACCAUUUUGAUUGGGAAAAUUUCUAACAAUGAUAGUGACAUUUUUUCUGAUAUAUGUGACUGUGGUCAGUAAUGGUGUAGACCUCAAAAAUAUCACAAAGAAGAGAUAUGCGGCCAAAUGGUCUGACCUGGAUAGCCGGCCGCUGCCGGAGUGGUAUGACAGGGCUAAAAUCGGGAUACUUGUGUAUUGGGGACUGCACUCUGUUCCUUGCUAUCGAAGCGAAUGGUUCUGGCACUUGUGGAAAACGGAACGGGACGAGUCUGUGACGAAUUUCAUGGCUAACAAAUACCCUCCCGGUUUCACCUACCAAGACUUCGCGCCGUAUUUCGAAGCUAAUUCGUUCUCACCAAAAAGUUUUGCCGAUCUUUUCUACAAAGCAGGAGCCAAGUACGUGAUUUUAACAAGUAAGCACUACGACGGAUUCACAUUGUUCCCUUCCAAGCAUUCGCCCGGCUGGAACUCCGUCGAAGCCGGCCCCAAGCGUGACCUGGUGGGCGAGCUGGCGAACAGCAUCCGGAGAAAGGGCAUGAAAUUUGGCGUCUACUACUCCCUGUUUGAAUGGUUCAAUCCGAUCUUUUUACAUGAUAUGCAGAAAGAAUUCCAAUCGCGUAAUUAUGUGAACAAUAAAAUGCGUCCAGAGAUAGAACAGCUGAUAAGAGAUUAUAAGCCUUCAGUAUUGUGGGCAGACGGAGACUGGCCGGCCUACGACAUAUACUGGAACUCGACCGCGCUGAUAGCCGGGCUGUACAACGACAGCCCGGUGAAGCACGAGGUGGUGGUCAACGACCGCUGGGGCCGCGGCACCACCUGCACUCACGGCGACUUCUACAACUGCAAGAAGAAGUAUAAUCCAGGAUAUCUGACCGAUCAUAAAUGGGAGAAUGUGUUCAGCAUGGACCGACAGGCGUGGGGCUGCCGGCGGGACAGGAAGGCGAGGGAUGUCCUGACCACCCGAGACCUGAUCAAGGAGGUCGUGACCUCCGUCAGCCUCGGAGGGAAUGUACUUAUAAGCGUCCCUCCUACGCUAGAGGGGACCAUAGAGAAGGUGUUCCAGGACCGGCUGCUGGGGCUGGGCGCCUGGCUGCGCGUCAACGGGGAGGCCGUGUACGGCACCUCCCCGUGGCGGCACCAGAACGACAUCAUCGCGAACGAUGUCUGGUACACCUGUACUAAAACUAAUUAUGAUGCUAAACACCCCGUCCGGAAACCCCAUGAUUCUGAGAAAAUAAUAAGUAUUUACGCUAUAUUCUUGACGUGGCCGCCUGACAAUACAAUAAGAUUAAGAUAUAUCCCUCAUUAUUUCCUCACCGAAGCAUUUGAAAUCCAAUUGCUGGGCUACAAUGGAAAGUUGAAGUGGAACACUACAGUAAAACCUUCCCAUCUCGCAAUCGAACUGCCACCCAAAGUUCAUCUGCGCACAGACCAUGCUUGGAGUAUCAAAUUUAAUUUGACUACUGACGUCAUUGCCAUUAAUACUAAUGUUCCUAUAAAACAAAAUGUGGAAUUAAAAGCAUUUAAUAGUGUGAACCUUAGAGUAUCUAAGGCGGGCAUCUUAACCAUUAUACCACCACCGCUUCGUGGAUUAAAACGUGUGAAUAAAAUAAAAUGGACGUGGGAUUUUUAUUUAUCGGUAGUGACACUAGUACAUACACAUUGUGUGGCUUUGUGACGACGCGCUGUGCCGUGACGUGGUCGAUUGAUUCCCAGUAAUUGGACGUGAACAUUGCGAGCGAGUGACGUAACGAAUGGCUCAUUAUGCUGGGCCGGCUCCAGAAUGCUGAAAUAUCACUGAUGUCACUGAUGAAACAAUGCUAUGGAUGAAUGUACAGGAUGUAGGCCAAAGUCUGUUGCAAAUUUGUUCUUUGAUUUUACUAACAUAAACCAAACGUAACACCCCUUUAUGUGGACAAUCUUGUAAAGGAGGAUUAAAUUACCAAACAAAGAAAUUGAAAAGAAGAAGCCGCUAAUCGUCUGGCCGCCUGUAACACAGCUAUUAGAUCGAUCAACAAGUCUCGUUCCCUCCUCACGUGCCGCUCAGCAUCUACAGUCUCCGCCGAGGUGGGUGCUCAACGGUGUUAUAAUGAUUUAAAAUCGAUCUAGCACUUGAUUGAGUAGUUUUAUAGUUUAUUGACGUGACAUAAAGGUACGUGAUUUUUAUAUAAAGUUUAUUAGAUUUUGGAAUGCCAAUUUUAGUAAAUUGAAUUCCCAAAUGAACUAUCGCGACAAACAACACGACGUGCCGGCACGCUACGCCGUAAGCAAAUAAGUAAUUACACACGCGGUUUAUGUUUUGGCAAACUCCAGGAGUUAACAAAUCAACAAUGGUUCAUUAUGAUUGUUGUUUUAGGAUCCGUUUGGUGGUCGGCAGCGGCUACAGGAAGCCUUAAACAAAUAGUGAAGAAGCUCGUGUACUAGUACGUAGACCCGUUGUAGCAGUGCUACGACAGCGAGCGUCGUCGACGCAUCGACAACUGAAAAUGGAAAUAACCAAGACGCUAUAGAUCGCGAACUUUCGCGAAAUGUGAGUAUGGACUUUUUCACUUCCUAGCUGAGCUGCAAUUGUGACAAGGCUGCGGGUUGCUGCGCUAUACGGCAAUAUCAAUAUGUCAAAUUUACUUGUGGCCUGUUCUGCCGCCGUAAUCUUUGCUUCGCUUAGUUAGGAUGGCGCCAAGCAUAAACAGACAAAUUCGCCAAGGCCGCCGCAAUCGUGGACACUGGCAUAGCGCCGCGAUGUUGUAGCGUUCCGCUGCGCAGCUAGAACGUCGGGCACAAGCACGUCAACUCUAGAUAUCUCAGGUUCGACACAAAUGUUUAAAGUAAUAAAGUACAGUACCAUUGAGCUUAUUAUAGCAUAAUAUAUUGGAUCUUGUAUUAAGGUUACGGCCAACCUUCGGCUACUGCAGGAGUCUUCGCCGAUUGUAUCACUCCCACCGGAUCAUCUCACUGGGUCACUUCGCGAGACGAGAUUGCUGCUGAACUAUUGAUAGACGCUAAAAGGUGGGCUACUUUUAAAAUUCGAAAGAGAACGAGAAAUAUGUAUUACAAACAUAGCACUUCAUGUGAGAGACAUCUACCAGGCCGUGGAUACAAGCCAUUCAAUAGUCGGGACAUGAAACUUCACAUUUUCCAUAAAGACAAGCAAAUUGAAUAUAGCCUAUUGACUGACGGAUUCCAAAGGAAUUCUUAAUAUCUCGACCGAUGCUGCCCUCAAGGUAUAUAGUUUAUUUUCCUUUCAGAAUAAUAAUGUAAAUAUUUUUCCGUCUCUAUUUAUACUUAUACACAGGAUUUAAGUUGUACCACACUGACUACACUAAUGUGUGUGUUUUGACGUUUGGAUUUUGUUUUUUACUUUGUAAUCUAAAGUUGAUUUUGUUUCAGUCUCGCGGUCUACACGAAUCGAUAGAAAAAAAAUAAACGUUUCUUCUUAGCUAAUGUAGUUUUAAUUAAUGGAAAUUCAAUUUAUUAUUUCUGGAGAGUAUAAACAGAUAUUGCAUAUCAGGUAUAUCGUAAUACCCUGUCGUUAUUUUAUAGUUCUCGAAGAUUCGCCAUCUCUGUAUAUCUAUAAUUCGUUCUGGAAUUAAAAGAUUUCUGUGUCAUACUGGUGUGACAGCGAGUCGGCUCUCUUCUAUUCCUUGUUUUAUUUUCCAAUUACUUUACUUGUUUUGUUAAUCUCCGCAAAAUUAUUUUCUAUUAAUAAAGUAUCUUUUUUUAAACAAGGGGUUCUACAAAAUGUAGGUCAACUCAAACAAAGCUGGAAAAUGUAUACUGCUAAAAUAAAAUAUU